CUCAGAUGGCUCCUGCGAAGAAAGGUGGCGAGAAGAAGAAGGGACGCUCUGCCAUCAAUGAGGUGGUAACUAGGGAAUAUACCAUCAACAUUCACAAGCGGAUCCAUGGCGUGGGUUUCAAGAAGCGAGCACCGCGUGCUCUCAAGGAAAUCCGGAAAUUUGCCAUGAAGGAAAUGGGUACUCCUGAUGUUCGCAUUGACACCAGAUUGAACAAAGCAGUCUGGGCUAAAGGAAUAAGGAAUGUUCCUUACCGCAUCCGUGUGCGUUUGUCCAGAAAGCGCAACGAGGACGAAGAUUCACCAAACAAGCUGUACACACUGGUGACCUACGUACCAGUCACAACGUUCAAAGGUCUACAGACAGUCAAUGUGGAUGAAAAUUAAACAGAUAUUCAUUACAAUAAAAGGGUAAAAAGAACAUUUAUUC